UUCUUUUUAAUAAAAACUUUCGAACACCUUUAAAAAAAGGCAAUGAACACACCACUGAGGAUAAAUUUCGGCUUUAAUAAGUGCGUUUCUGCAAAGAAAAAUGGGCAAUAUAUGAAUGUAUACAUCAAUGACAACGUUUUUGAAGACGGGAAGCUGGUGAAGGAAAAAUCCAAAUUCCUGUGGUUAAAGUGGAAGGAAGCCAUCGCCUUAAGGGAUGCUAUCAACACCUUGGAAGAGAAGUUGAUGUGUCAGGAAGUUGGAGCAAUUGAACAGCAUGUGGAGACUGCUAACGUUGUAGGCAGUGGAAUUUCUGCAGGUGGCGGAAAAAGCAAAGUAUGUGCUACGACGAGUGGAAAGCGCAUUAACCCGUAUUAAGAUGAAUGUUUUAAACACGAUGUUCUUAUAAACAAUGGAUAGGUGUGGCAUAUGCAGCAGCGGAAGGAUAACCGUCUUGAGACAAUCUGGGUAUAUUUCUCCUGCUAGACAAGCUAUAAAACUUUGUCGUUGUUUUCAAUGUCGAAAAUACUUUAUCGCUCUUUUUACUUGUGUGGAUAUAAUUCAUGAUCAAGGACUUCUCGACGUCGUUAUGUAUUUACCUAUUAGAAAUAGACAACAUGGAUUUACCCUUUUUAGGGAAAUAGUUAACGCUCCUAUAUGUGAUUAAAUUUUAUAGCAAUAAAAAACAUGUGUGAUGUUUUUGACACUGGAGACUGUCCGUCAAGAAUUUUAAUAACUUCAAAUAACAUGUGUUUUGAACGGUUACGGCGAUAUUUGGAAGAAAACUUUAUAUAUUUUGAUACAAUUUUGUUUCCUAAUUUUAGUAGUGGUAUUUUGUUGUAUUCAUCUAAAGCCAGAGAAGACUGUGCUGCUAUUGUUAAGACUAUUUGUAAACUCGCUGCGAGCGAAGGAUUUUGUGUUCAUGAAUAUGUAUUGAAUGAGUGUAUGCUAACUGAACCUGUUGCAAGUGAAUGUGAUAGCACAUCCUAAAUGUUUUGUACAGUUGGGUUUCAUUGUUUUAUUAUUAUUAAAGGACAUCUUAUGUUAAAGUGUAAAGAAUGUCAGACUGGUGUGUAUAUUUGUAAUGUAUGUUUUUUUCGAGUAAAACGCGGUCAUAAAAUACUAUCCAAAGAGU